ACAGAUGCGUUGUUUUCAUUAUUCGUAUACCAUGUUGUUUGAAUGCUUUUCUGAGUCAUUUUUCGAUUCAGUUGAGUUUUAUCUCAAAUUCGUACGAAUUGUUUUAUCUGUGAAUUGAGAUGCAUAAUCAAUUGUGAAGCGAAACUCAGGAAACUUAUUACCCUCUAUAAAAAAAUGUGCCUGCAUUAUUUUGUGCUUUCAUAAAUUAGAAAUUGAUUUUGCGAACAGAAGACCAAUAGUUGCAAGAGACGCGCGUUUGACAUUUGACAGAAAUUCAUUUGUCCACACUAAACGAUAAUUGAAUGGAACUAGUGGUGAAGCGUCAAAACAAACAUAGAGGGGUCACUUAGCUACACAAACACAAGCGCAUUUCACAUAUAAAUGACGAUGCAAACAAAUGUGUAAACAUUUCAAUUUGCAAACAACAAAUGAACAACUACUUUUUUUCUGCGUGUAUUUUCAUUUUGUUUGAAUAUUUUUAAUUUGCUGCAUUUUUGGAUUGAAAUAAUUGUAAAAAAAAACCAUGUCAAGUUCACCGGCGAAGCAUAAGUCUAGCCACCACCACCACCACCAUCAUCAUCACCAUCAUCGGGAGCAUCAUCAUUCUGGCGACACCACAAUUAAGCCAAUUAUGAGUCUGGCGUCACAUAUCAAAAUUGAGGAGAACUCAAGGCGUUUACCGCGAUACAGUUUUGUGUUAAGUAAUGUGCAGGAUGAUUGUUUGCCGCUGGAAGAGUUGGAUGCAAUUCAAAUGGAGUUGGAGGUUCUGUUAUCAUCGGUUUCGUUGCGAUAUCGUGCCCUAAAAACGGACUACGAUUACUUGGAACAUCGAAAGCAUCAGAAGAAAAAUGCAGAAAAAGAGAAGCAAAGCGGCAGCAAACGGAAGCGUGACGACAAAAAAUCAUCAUCGAAAGAUUCAAAUCGACACAGUCACACAAAGCAUUCGAAAAUCAAAAGUAGCUCAUCAAAUUCACCGGCACAGCAGCUCGACCAAAGUAUUGACGCAAUGCCAAGUCCCAGCGCUGGCGGUUCACAUCCAAAUCCAAAAUUACUUUUACCCAAAAACGAUGUGCCGAACAAAUUUUGGCUCUCCGUUGAACCCUACUGUAUGCCAAUUACACAGGAGGAUAUCAAAUUUUUGGACGAUUUAAUCGAUGAAUAUACCGAUCCGUUAGUGCCUUCAAUACCUGAGCUCGGUUCACAUUAUGCCGUUCGUUGGGCGGCAAACGAUGAAGACAAUGCCAAGUCGAAACGUUUACAGAAUUCCAAUGUCGCUGACGAUGCAAUGAAAAAAGGCAGCGAAAAGAUGAUGGGUCAAGGUGUUUGUGGACCGUUAACACAACGAUUGCUGUCAGCGUUGCUGGAAGACAGUUCGGAUAUGCAAAGCGAUGUGGUCGGAUGCAGCGAUGCACUUGACAGCAAUGAUAGUUGCGCCGAAAAUAAUCCAUCAUCGGCGAAUCGAGCGCAAAAUGGUUCGAUAACUUCGCUCUUCAAGGGCGGCAUCGAUGUGGAGAAGCGGCUUAAGAAAGAAUUGCUCGACCUGGGCAUCUUUGAACCCAGUGACUUUGCAAAAGAGAAAGAAGACGAAGUGCUCAAUGAGAUCAAACGAGUUCGCACCGAACUACAAGCCAUCGCUGAGUUCAAUCGCAACGAAUUAAAAACAUUGAAAGCAGUGGCCAAAGACGAAAUGAAACGAUUGGACAUGAAACGCAAACUCGAUCGAAUUGAUCAAGAGAUUAUCGAGGCCUACAAACGAAUAUUUGCCGCUAAGCAAAAGCGACGACCACUCACAAAGCAUGAACGCAACGAAAUUUAUCGCUUGGUCGACGAACAGAAACGUCUCGCCGAUCAAUUGGAAACGAUGCCCAACCCUGGAUUCAACUUUGCCGUUGGCAGCACCGUUAACACUUCGGCGCCCAUGAAAGCCGAACCGCCAUCAAAAGCCUAAAACAAACAUCCAGGCCAACAAAUCGAUGGAGAAAAAACCCACGGAAUAACACCAUGUUUGCCUUAUUAAUCACACAUUUAUUUUUAGAUGCAAUCUCAAAAAUUUAUUUCAAUUUUGCAAUGAAUUUUAUGGAUGCAAUAUUUUUUUAGCGAUACAAGUACAAGUUUUCACAUCGUAUUUAAGCAUUGACAGAGUAUUCAAUUUUUGUUCUAUAUCUCUUAACGUACAAAAAAGAAGAACACACACACACACACACACACAAUUUUUUGGUGAUUUUAUUUUGACAACACAUUAUACACAAAAAGCUUUCAUCACAAUAAAAAAAAAAUUACCGACAAAAAA